GCCCCGGGCGCGGUGGCGAGCCCCAACCCCCAGCGUCAGCCCCUCCUCCGCCCGCUCCCGCGCGGCGGCCGGGUGCUUAGUCACGGUGAGGCUGCGCUUGCCCGCGGCCCAAGCCCCCUCCCCCGGGGCCCGCCCCUGGGUCGCUCCCCCUCCCCGUGCUACUUCCGUGUGCAUGGCUCUGCUGCCCCGCGCGCUGAGCGCGAGCGCAGGGCCGAGCUGGCGGCUGGCGGCGUGCACCUUCCACGGCUUCCCGCUGCCUCCGCCUGGGCCCGCCGGAGCCCUGCGCACCCUCUCCCAAGCCAUGGCGUGCAAGCAGGAGCUUCAGCCACAGUGUCCACUUCCCGCCGCGGUGGCCUCCUACGACUACCUGGUGAUCGGGGGCGGCUCCGGCGGGUUGGCCAGCGCGCGCCGGGCAGCGGAGCUCGGCGCCAGGGCCGCGGUGGUGGAGAGCCACAAACUGGGAGGCACUUGCGUGAAUGUUGGAUGUGUACCCAAAAAGGUAAUGUGGAACACAGCUGUCCACUCUGAAUUCAUGCAUGAUCAUGUUGAUUAUGGCUUUCAAAGCUGUGAGAGUAAAUUCAAUUGGCGUGUUAUAAAAGAAAAGCGGGAUGCCUAUGUGAGUCGCCUGAACACCAUCUAUCGAAACAAUCUAACCAAGUCCCAUAUAGAAAUCAUUCAUGGACAUGCAGCAUUCACAUGUGAUCCCCAGCCCACUGUGGAGGUCAAUGGGAAAAAAUACACGGCUCCUCACAUUCUGAUUGCUACGGGUGGUGUCCCCUCCCUUCCUCAUGAGAGCCAGAUUCCUGGUGCCAGCCUAGGAAUAACCAGUGAUGGAUUUUUUCAGUUGGAAGAAUUGCCUCACCGCAGUGUCAUUGUGGGUGCUGGUUACAUUGCUGUGGAAAUAGCUGGGAUCCUCUCAGCCCUGGGCUCUAAGACAUCAUUAAUGAUACGGCAUGGUAAGGUACUUAGAAAUUUUGAUUCACUAAUCAGUUCCAACUGCACUGAAGAGCUGGAGAAUGCUGGAGUGGAGGUCCUAAAGUUCUCGCAGGUCAAAGAAGUUAAAAGGACUUCAUCAGGCCUUGAAGUCUCCAUGAUUACUGAAGUUCCUGGUAGCAGGUGCACCUUGACCACCAUUCCAGAUGUUGACUGUCUGCUCUGGGCCAUUGGGCGGGACCCAAAUUCCAGGGGCCUGAAUUUAAGUAAUCUGGGGAUUCAAACUGAUGAGAAAGGUCAUAUUAUAGUAGAUGAAUUCCAGAAUACCAAUGUCAAAGGUGUCUACGCUGUCGGGGACGUGUGUGGGAAAGCUCUUCUUACUCCAGUUGCAAUAGCUGCUGGCCGGAAACUUGCCCAUAGACUUUUUGAAUGCAAAGAAGAUUCCAAAUUGGACUAUGACAACAUCCCCACUGUGGUUUUCAGCCAUCCCCCUAUUGGGACGGUGGGCCUCACAGAAGAUGAGGCUGUUAAUAAAUAUGGAAAAGAUAAUGUGAAGAUCUAUUCAACCACCUUUACCCCAAUGUAUCAUGCAGUGACCACAAGGAAAACUAAAUGUGUGAUGAAAAUGGUUUGUGCCAACAAAGAGGAAAAGGUGGUUGGGAUCCAUAUGCAGGGAAUUGGGUGUGAUGAAAUGCUGCAGGGCUUUGCUGUUGCAGUGAAAAUGGGAGCAACUAAGGCUGACUUUGACAACACGGUUGCCAUUCACCCUACCUCUUCAGAAGAACUGGUCACACUCCGUUGAGGAUCCAGAGACUUCUGUGACUGGCAGUUGGGCCAGUGAACUUUCUGAUAUGAACCAAACAAUCACAUUUACUUCCUGUUCCAGUUUUAUAUUUCUUUAAUCAGGAUCUUCUGAUAGUGGAAAUUUUCAGUAAAGAAUGGAAAUUAUUUAUGUAAUCAGAAAUGUGUUAAUCCAGGAUUGCUUUUUUUCAUUUGAUCCUAUCUCACAAUAAUGUCUUUAAAUUUUUUAUUAACAGCUCUGUGCUAAUAUUUUUUCCAGCCUCAUCCCAAGUAUAAAACUAUGUGAAAUAUAAUGAAGUUAAUGUACUUGAAUGAAUAUAGCUUCCCAAUUUUAUAAAGGAUGGCAGCUCUACAUAUUUAAGUGAUGCACAUGCACAGAAUCUAUAUUUUUUUGAAGCCAGUACUGUGUUCUGCAUAUUGGAAAGCUGCUUCAAGGAUGUGACUGUUCUCUAAUUCCCUAUUUUUAUUCUUUUAAGUGACUUAAAGUGGUUUUUGUUCUUUUUUUUUUUUGAGAUGAAGUGCAUCAAACUUGGGAAGGAUUCGAAGAGGCUGGUUAAAUAUGUGAGAGGCAGUCUAGAAGUAGGUGGAUUCAGGUACUUCAAAAGUCCCUUCCUCUGCUAAGAAUUCAUAGCUCAAUGAAUAAUUUCAACAUUUGUAUAUGUUCUUGUCAUUUUAUUUUUUCUAACAAUUGUUUCCAAAAUUUGAAAAUCAUAGCAUUUUCUUCUUAUAAAAUUUAUCAACUUAAUCAACAUUGGUUUGUUUUCUUAAGAAUAUUUUACAUUGAAAGAUGCUAAAACAUAUGAGGAAGAAAAGAGAUGUCUUUUGAAAAUAAAUACCAGAGAAGUCAGGUAUGGUGGCACACACCUAUAUCCCAGUUGCUUGAGAGACUGAAGCAGGAGGAUCACAAGCUCAAGGUCAGCCAGGGCAACUUAGCAAGAUUGUGUCUCAAAAAAUUAAAAAGGGAUAUUGCUCAGUGGUUAAGCACCUCUGGGUUCAAUCUGAUACCAAAUGAAUUAAUUUAUUUAUUAAAAGGACUAAAAAUUAUACCUCAUCGGUAUAGCACUACUGGAUUUAAUUCUUGGUACAAAUAGAUAAAUAUAAGAUGUAUAAAAGAAAUCUUCAGCAGAUUAAUGAUUGAUCUAGAAAUAUAACCUAAGUGAUUAGGUUUUUAGCACUUUAUUUCCGUUGUCUUCAUAAGCUAGUUAUAUUUUCCUGUGGUUUUCAUACAGUGCUGCUGGAUUUUUUCAUUAAGCUUUUUGUAAAUGUCUGAGUGAUCCUGGCCAGUAGCUGCACUCAUUUCUUAAGUAGACCCAAUAUCAAUGAAAGAAAAGUAUUGCAUUAGUAACUAAGUUAUGUGUUUGUGGUAUAGCAAGAAAAUAGGAUUGCAAACCCUAGACAUUGCCUGGGUCCCUUCCUUUUCCUACCAACCUAAGAUAGUGGACCAAGUUUCUGGGCUCUGCUGUCCUGCUGGGUUUCUCACUCUGCACAGGUCUCAGACUUGAAGUGUGCCUCUGCCAGGAAAAGGGAAGUUCCCAGAAGUCACAUCCAUUCUAAUAUCAUGCAUUUUUUAUUUUGUUUUUUGGUGCUGGGGAUUUUUGCUCAUGCAUAGCAUGUGAUGUACCACUGAGCUACACUUCCAGCCCUAACAUCAUGUGUUUUUUGCAGGUGUGGUGGGGAGGAUACCAGGGAUUGAACUUGGGUACUCGACCACUGAGCCACAUCCCCAACCCUAUUUUGUGUUUUAUUUAGAGACAGGAUCUCACUGCAUUGCUUAGCACCUUGCUUUUUGCUGAAGCUGGCUUUAAACUCGUGAUCCUCCUGCUUCAGCCUCCUGAGCCGCUGGGAUUACAGGCAUGUUCCACCGCGCCCGGCACAUCAUGACUUCUUAAUCCUAUAUGAAUCCUUUGUUCUGCCUGUGUACUCGUUCCAUAGUAAAACAAGAUGAAAAUAACUACUCAAGUUCUAGCCCACAUUCUCAUUAAAUUGACCCAGUCCUUGAGGUAUUGUGGCCUAAUAGCCUGUUACCCAAACCACUGGGGAAUAAUUCUAGGUAAGUAUGUUGUAUGUGUAGCACAUUGUAUGGGCUUGGAUAUUUACUGAAGAAAAAAACAUGAUCCUUGCUUUGAAGUAACCUUAUAUAUAGUUGAGAGAGAAAACAUUUCUGUGCAAUUUCAAAUAGUAGGACAAUUAAGGACAGAAUGACCAUAUGGUUUAUUGACUAAGAUGAAACACUUUUGGGUCUGAGGUAUAGCUCCGUGGUAAAGCUACUAUCAGUAGAGCCUAACAUUGUAAGACCCUAAGUUUGAUCACUAGCACUGACAAAUAUAAAAAACAAAAUCACUUCUGUGGGGCGGACUUCAGUAGUUGAACACAACUACUGUGUGAAAUCCCCAGCAUCCAAAAAUAAAUAAACAUGUACAAAUAGACACAAAUUGGAACAGUUUCAAACAAAUGAAACACUAUCAUUCUGAUUACACAUUAUUAGGUAAAAGUAUCCUAAUGCUGGGAAAUCAGGAAGGCUUCAAGUUAGGAUUAAAAUUUGGGAACUAGAGAAAAGAUCAGAGCAAGUAGAAAGUACAACGUAGGCAGAAUUGUAUCGCAGCUUAACAAGCUACCUGAGAAUUUAGCUUAAAACAAACUUUUUCUUAAACCUCAUGAUUUUGUAGUCAGGAAUUAGAGUAUGGCUCAGCCAGAUAAUCUGUUGGUGUUAACAGAGGUCAUCAGGUAGAAUUCAACUGGACUGGUCUGGAGUCUUAAAGAGUCAUUUAUGCUGUCACCUCAAUAGGGAUGAGGGAAGGCUGUCCUCUGCUGGGACUGGCAACCAGAAUGCCUACCCAGGACCUCAAGUAAUAGACUUGUGUCCUGGAAUAAUAGACUUAUGUGGAAGCUCUGGGCUGCCAGAGAAUGUUCUAAGAAUCCCAGGCAUAUGCUGCAAGCUUUAUGACCUCAUCUUGAAACUUCUAGAAUGUCACUUCUGCCACGUGAUAAUUGGCUAAACAAGUCACUAAGAUCAGCUCAGAUGUAAGAGGAAGUAAAUUGCACUUCGCUUCUUAAUGGGAAAAGGGUAAAGAAUUUGUAGCCAUCUUUAAUCACCCAUACCUGGGAUUUUAUAAGACUUGACAUCACCUUUGUGUGGCUUCUCUAAUAGCUUUGUUGUUAAAUUGUUUCCAUAACAACAAAACUAUUACAUAUUGUCACAUGGUAGGUCCAUGCUACAUGUUCAUAUUGUGAAUGUCAUUUUGCACUUGGGUCAAUCAUUUCUGUCUUCUGUGUUGUGUAUCAUUUCUAGCAUGUGAUGCAUUCAAGUUUGGAUGGAAGAAUGCAAAGUACGUUACAUGAUUUGUUUUUUCUUUUUUUCACUUGUUCUUUUGAUAUGCAUGACAAUAGAGUAUUUAGACAUAUAUAUAGAGAGUAUAACUUAUUCUAAUUAGGAUCCCAUUCUUGUGGUUGAACAUUA